GGAAGGCGCCGCCGCCGCCGCCAUUACAAGGCCGAGCCCGCCCCGCCGCCGCCCCCCGCCGCCGCCCCGAGGGGGGACAUGGCGCUGCCGCCGCCCGCAGCCCCCGGCCCGACCCGCCACGGAGCUGCUGAAUCCCUCCGAGCCACCGGGAAUUGGUGCUUGAAUCCAGGGAGCUAAAGGCCGGACGCGCUGGGGAGAACCUCGGCUGCUCAACCACGAGGCCCACCCCAAAGUGAAGCCGCUGGUCGCCGCGGGAUGAGGAGGUGGAAUCCCGUCGCCGCCGUGCCCUGCCUGGCUUGAGAAGUGUCCUCCCCACGCGCUCCUCCGGCCGCAGCAGCGAAUCCUCUCGGAAGCAGGCGACUGGGACAGGAUGUGUGGACGAUGAUGAUGGCCAGAAAGCAAGAUGUUCGCAUUCCCACCUACAACAUUAGCGUGGUGGGAUUAUCCGGCACGGAGAAGGAGAAGGGACAGUGUGGCAUUGGGAAGUCCUGUCUUUGCAACCGCUUCGUGCGGCCCAGCGCUGACGAAUUCCAUCUGGAUCACACUUCAGUCCUCAGCACCAGUGACUUUGGAGGACGGGUGGUCAACAAUGACCAUUUCCUCUACUGGGGGGAAGUUGGGAGGUCCCUGGAGGACUGUGGGGAGUGUAAGAUGCACGUGGUGGAGCAGACAGAGUUCAUCGAUGACCAGACCUUCCAGCCCCACCGCAGCACGGCCCUGCAGCCCUACAUCAAGCGAGCUGCUGCCACCAAGCUGGCCUCAGCGGAGAAGCUCAUGUACUUUUGCACUGAUCAACUUGGCUUGGAGCAGGACUUUGAGCAGAAGCAGAUGCCGGAUGGGAAGCUGCUGGUGGAUGGCUUUCUCCUCUGCGUGGAUGUUAGCAGAGGGAUGAACAGGAACUUUGACGAGCAGCUCAAAUUCAUCUCCAAUCUCUACAACCAGUUGGCAAAGACGAAGAAGCCCAUCGUGGUGGUGCUCACCAAGUGCGACGAAGGGGUGGAGCGGUACAUUAGGGAUGCCCAUACUUUUGCCUUAAGCAAGAAGAGCCUCCAAGUGGUGGAGACCUCGGCUAGAUCCAAUGUGAACAUUGACUUGGCUUUCAGCACCUUGGUGCAGCUCAUCGAUAAGAGCAGAGGGAAGACCAAGAUCAUCCCUUACUUUGAAGCUUUGAAACAGCAAAGCCAACAGAUCGCUGCUGCUAAGGACAAGUACGAGUGGUUGGUCAGUCGGAUCGUGAAGAACCACAAUGAGACAUGGACCAACGUGAGCUUCAAGAUGCAAUCCUCCCCGGAAUACCAGGAUUACGUGUACCUGGAAGGGACCCAGAAGGCCAAGAAGCUCUUCCUGCAGCACGUGCAUCGCCUCAAGCAGGAGCACAUCGAGCGGCGGCGGAAGAUGUAUCUCGCCGUGCUUCCUCAAGCCUUCGAGGCCCUCAUCCCAGACCUGGACGAACUGGAUCAUCUGAGCUGUGUGAAAGUGGAGAAGCUCUUGGAGACGAAGGUGGAUUUCCUCAAGUGGUUCGUUGUGUUGGAGGAGACGCCGUGGGAUGCCACGAGCCACAUCGACAACAUGGAGAAUGAGCGGAUCCCCUUCGACCUGAUGGAGACCCAACCUGCCAAGCAGCUCUAUGAAGCUCACUUGGAAAAGCUGAGGAACGAGAGGAAAAGGGCAGAAAUGAGAAGAGCUUUCAAGGAGAACCUGGAGACUUCCCCCUUCAUCACCCCCGGGAAGCCCUGGGAGGAAGCUCGUAGCUUCAUCAUGAAUGAGGACUUCUACCUGUGGCUGGAGGAGUCCAUUUACAUGGACAUCUACAGCAAGCACCAAAAGCAGAUCAUCGAGAAGGCCAAGGAGGAGUUCCAGGAGCUGCUCCUGGAGUACUCGGAGCUCUUCUACGAACUGGAGCUCGAUGCUAAACCCAGCAAGGAGAAGAUGGGCGUCAUUCAGGACGUGCUGGGUGAGGAGCAGAGGUUCAAAGCCCUGCAGAAGCUGCAGGCCGAGCGCGACGCCCUCAUCCUGAAGCACAUCCACUUCGUGUACCACCCAACCAAGGAGACCUGUCCCAGCUGCCCUGUUUGUGUGGACUCCAAGAUCGAGCAGCUCAUCAGCUCCCGCUUCAUCAGGCCUUCGGAGCGCAACCAGAAGAACCUGCUCUCGGAGUCCACCAUCGACAGGAUCAACCUGGUCAUCCUGGGCAAGGACGGCUUGGCCCGAGAGUUGGCCAACGAGAUCCGGGCGCUCUGCACCAACGAUGACAAGUACGUGAUCGAGGGCAAGAUGUACGAGUUGUCCUUGAGGCCCAUUGAGGGCAACGUCAGGCUCCCCGUCAACUCCUUCCAGACCCCGACCUUCCAGCCCCACGGUUGUCUUUGCCUUUACAACUCCAAGGAGUCCUUGUCCUACGUGGUGGAAAGCAUCGAGAAGAGCCGCGAGUCGACCAUGGGUAGGAGGGACAAUCACUUGGUUCACCUUCCCCUCACCCUCAUCCUGGUGAACAAGAGGGGGGACACCAGUGGGGAGACGCUGCAGAGCUUGAUCCAGCAAGGCCAGCAGAUCGCCAGCAAGCUCCAGUGUGUCUUCCUGGACCCUGCCUCUGCUGGCAUCGGCUACGGGCGGAACAUCAACGAGAAGCAGAUCAGCCAAGUUCUGAAGGGCUUGUUGGACUCCAAACGCAACUUGAACCUCGUCAGCUCCACCUCCAGCAUCAAAGACCUGGUAGAUGUUGACCUUCGGAUCGUCAUGUGCUUGAUGUGUGGAGAUCCCUUCAACACAGAUGACAUCCUCUUACCCAUCCUGCAGUCCCAGACCUACCGCCCUUCGCAGUGUGGAAGCAGCAGCUCCGUCCUCCUCGAGUUGUCCAUCGGGCCUCACAAGAGGCGUGUGGAGCUCUCCCUCCUCUCCUACCAUUCCUCCUUCAGCAUAAGGAAGAGCCGCCUGGUCCAUGGCUACAUUGUCUUCUACUCGGCCAAGCGCAAGGCGUCCUUGGCCAUGCUCCGUGCCUUCCUCUGCGAGGUGCAGGACAUCAUCCCCAUCCAGGUCGUGGCGCUCACCGACGGCUCCAUAGACAUCCUGGACAACGACUUGAGCAGGGAGCAGCUCACCGAAGGGGAGGAGAUCGCCCAGGAGAUCGAUGGCAAGUUCACCACCAUUCCUUGCAGCCAACCCCAGCACAAGCUGGAGAUCUUCCACUCCUUCUUUAAAGACGUGGUGGAGAAGAAGACCAUCAUUGAAGCCACCCACAUGUACGACAACGUGGCCGAAGCCUGCAGCACAACGGAGGAGGUCUUCAACUCGCCCCGAGCAGGUUCCCCUGUCUGCAACUCCAACCUGCAGGACUCGGAGGAGGACGUGGAGCCUCCUACUUACAGCCCCUUCAGAGAGGACAUGUCCAUGCCCACCUUGGCCAAAGACCACUCGAAGCUCUCCAUGGAGCUGGAGGGGAACGAUGGCUUGUCUUUCAUAUCGGUCAUGAGCACUUUUGAGAGCAAGCUCAACAACAAAGUACCUCCUCCAGUGAAACCAAAGCCCCCCGUGCAUUUUGACAUUACCAAGGGGGACCUGUCCUACUUGGAGCAAGGCCACCGGGAUGGGCAGAGGAAAUCCAUGUCUUCUACUAGCUGGUUGCCCACCGAUUGCUUUGAUCCUUCUGACUACGCGGAGCCCAUGGACGCCGUGGUGAAACCUCGCAAUGAAGAGGAGAACAUCUACUCGGUGCCUCAUGACAGCACCCAAGGGAAGAUCAUCACCAUCAGGAACAUCAACAAGACCCAGUCCAACGGCAGCGGCAACGGCUCCGACAGCGAGAUGGACACCAGCUCCUUGGAGAGGGGUCGCAAGGUGUCCGUGGUGGGCAAACCAGUGUUGUACAGGACCCGCUGCUCCAGGCUGGGCAGGUUUGCAAGCUACAGGACCAGCUUCAGCGUUGGGAGCGAUGACGAGCUUGGACCCAUCAGGAAGAAGGAGGAGGACCAGACUUCCCAAGGCUAUAAAGGGGAUAAUGCUGUUAUUCCCUAUGAAACGGCCGACGGAGAAGAUCCAAGGAGGAGGAACAUCUUGCGGAGCUUGAGGAGGACGACGAAGAAACCCAAGCCCAAACCUCGGCCAUCCAUCACGAAGACCACGUGGGAGAGCACCUACUUUGGGGUGCCCUUGACCAGCGUGGUGACAGCAGAGAAACCCAUCCCCAUCUUCAUCGAGAGGUGCAUCGAGUACAUCGAAGCCACAGGGCUCAGCACCGAAGGGAUCUACCGGGUGAGUGGGAACAAGUCGGAGAUGGAGAGUCUCCAGAGGCAGUUUGACCAGGACCACGGGCUGGACCUGGCUGAGAAGGAUUUCACCGUCAACACCGUGGCUGGAGCCAUGAAGAGCUUCUUCUCGGAGCUGCCCGAGCCUUUGGUCCCCUAUUCCAUGCAGGUUGAGCUGGUGGAAGCCCACAAGAUCAAUGACCGGGAGCAGAAGCUCCACGCGCUGAAGGAAGUGCUGAGGAAAUUCCCUAAGGAAAACUAUGAGGUCUUCAAAUACGUCAUCGGCCACUUGAACAAGGUGAGCCACAACCACCGGGUGAACCUGAUGACCAGCGAGAACCUCUCCAUCUGCUUCUGGCCCACGCUGAUGCGCCCGGACUUCAGCACCAUGGACGCGCUGACGGCCACCAGGACCUACCAGACAAUCAUCGAACUCUUCAUCCAGCAGUGCCCCUUCUUCUUCUCCAACCGGCCCAUCCCGGAGGCUCCCGGCGCCAUUCCCGCCUCUCCGUCGGCUCUUCCCGCCGGAGCUCCUCCCUUCCUCCCCCCCGCGCCUCAAGCGUCGCCUCCUCGGACCCCGCCGCCGUCGCCGCAGUCUCCGGUGCAGCCGCUCAUCCCAAGCCAGCUCCAUACGGAGCAGCACACGCUGUGAGCUCGGAGCUCGGGAUACGGAAACGCACCCCCCCAACCACCGUCAUCCAACCGGAAUAACGACCGAUCCCAUGGGAAGUUUGGGCUGGAGCACCCGGGGCAGGCGGGGACACAAGCACCGGGUUUGGGCUCGUCCUUUCCUGCUUCUCCAUAGACUUGAGCCCAUUGGAGCGGCCGGAUUUGGGAGCCAGGAGGGGGUUAUUCCCUACUUUUCCAUCUGGGCAAGGAGUGGAUCCAGUGGGAUUGAGCCAAGGGGCAUCAGACACUUUGGCUGCCCUUGGCCCCGGUGCCACCAAACCCCUUCGUAUCCCAUGGGACACGGCCGGCGCUGUCGGAAGCUCAUCCCAAGUGGCCCAGGGCUCAUCCAUUGGGAUCCGAGGCUCAUCCAUCGGGAUCUGAGGCUCAUCCAGCGGGAUCUGAGGCUCAUCCAUCGGGAUCUGAGGCUCAUCCAGCGGGAUCUGAGGCUCGUCCAGCGUGUUCCGUGCAGCCCAAGGCUCAUCCGACACGGCCCAACGCAUCCCAAGACUCAUCCGGAACAAUCCAAGGCUCAGCUGAUGCAUCCCAGGAAUCAUCCACUGGAUCCCAGGACUUCCCAGGACCCCCAUUCCCUGCUCCAGGGAUUCUGGCAUGAAGCACUUACAGAGGCGGGGGGUUGCUCCUGCUGCCCCCACCCCGGUUGGGGCUGGAUUUGGGGGGGGAUUCCCUUGGGAAAAACCGGUGCCCGGUUGGGAUUUGGACCCAACGGGGCAGGAAAGGCGGGAUUCGGAUGUGGAGAGGACACAUGAGAUGGGGGGGGGGGGGGGUGUCCUGUGGAUCCCAUAGGGAUUAAGGGGGGGGGGAACCUUGGAUUCCUGGAUCCUUCCCAGCAUCCCAGCAACUGGAUUUUCAUGGUACCACUGGGAGAGCACGGGGAAGGCUCCCGCCACCCCUCCUGGGUCUCUUCGCACUUUAAGACACCCCAAAACCCACCCCAGGGCUGAAAACACCCCCAAAACACCCCAAAAUCACCCCCAAACCACCCAAAAUCACCCCAAAACCCCCCUAAAUCACCCCAAACCCCCCCCCCCCGCGCAAAGGGCUCCCCCCAUCCCACCUCCUCCAUCUCCGGCGCUUGGAUUUGGGUGGAAUUUGGCCCCAAAAGAGGCCAAAUCCUUCCAAAAUGGGCCAAAAAAGGCAAUUUUCACCCCAAAGAGGGAUUUUUGCUGCGAAAAAGGAGCUUUUUGGGGUGGUUUUUUGGGGGGAAAAGGGCAAAAUCAGGUCAAAUUGGAGGCCAAAAUGGGGCCAAAAGGCCCUUUUGAACCAUUUUGCCCUUUCCUGCUGCUUCCUCCUGAUUAUUUGGGCUCAAACUCCGGCUUUGGGGGAUCUUCCCCCCUCAAAUCCCUCAAAAUCCCCAUUUUUCCCCUUUUCCCCUCAACCCCCCUUUAAAUCCACUCCCCCAAAAUGCCAUUUUUAAGUGAUUUCACCCCCAAAUCAGCCCAAUUUGGGGGCUUUUUGGGGCCUUUUGGGGGCGUUUUGUGCUGGCGAAGGAGCCGCUGAGGGCCUGGGCGGGAGCUGUCGCGACGCUCCCGGCUCUGUCGCGAUAUCUUAGGGCCUAACACGUCCCCCCUGUAGUUCUUGGUGAUAGAAGUUGCCUUUUUCCUGCUUCUUUUCAGGAGGUUUGGAAGCAUUUGGGGGGGUUUUCCAGAGCUGAGGCAUGUGGUGCAUGGCCCAAAGGGGGGGUCCGUGCCCGGGGGGUCCAAAGGGGCCCAUUCCCAAUGGACAUUCCCAAGGGAAUAAGGAGGAAGAGAAGAAAAAGCCCCCAAAUGAA